AUGUCUGAUCCUAUCCCACAACUGGUAUCCAAUUGGUUGUUUAACGUUAUUCAACCGUUAUAUGACAACAAACAAAUAGUCUACACCCAUGUCUACCAAUUUCUACAAGUUCAUUUAAAAAAGAAUCUUAACUUUAAGGUCAGAACUCGUGUCUACACCUCAAGUGGAUCGGGGCAAUCCAAUUUACUAAUAAAUCUAUUUGGUACUAUUGCCAUUAACAAUGAAAUAUCUGUUCCGGUAGAGAUUUGGGUACCUACAUCAUACCCAUUUGUUGAUCAAGCUGGGAAUGGGACACCAUUGGUGUACAUAGUUCCAGAUCAUAAUAGAAACUGGUACCUCAGGCCAAGCAAUAACGUCGACACACAAGGAAUGUUUUAUCACCCUUACAUGUCUAGUUGGUAUAAAGAGUGUAAAAAGGUGAACCAAAGUUCUUUGAAUAGAUAUAACUUAGUGGAACUACUUAAUGUGGUGUAUCAAAGUGUAACAACAAAUUGUCCAAUAGUUUCCGAGCAACCGAUCCCAAGCAAUUUACCACCAAAACCAGCAAAGAUAGCUAUCAAUUCACCAGAUGCAACGCCAGCACCUAUCCUUCCUUCUGUGCCUACACAAUCACCAGUGCUGAUGUCUUUCUCGGGUGAGAAUCAAAAUCAACCAGGUCGUCUACAACCAGAGACAACAGGACCUCCGUUGCCAGCCAAACCUCCGAAAUUACAAUCUCCACCACUGCAAAAUUAUAGUAAUACCCCGUUGAAAUAUCAAUCUCCGUUGCCGUUACCAGAUGAAAGAAACAAUAUGCAGAUCCCAUUCUCAUAUCCAGUGGACCGUACGUCUUCGCCACUCCACCCUACUGGAUUUGACAAGCCGCCAUCUCGUACAGAGGAUAAAUGUGACGUGAUUCUUCAAAAUAGAUCAACUGUGUCACCAUCAACGACAAUUCAAGCGCCUGUGGACUUGAUGGAUAAUGAGAAUAGUGUUACUUCUACGGGCAACUUACAGAGGAAGCAAAUGUUAGAUCAAUUGGCAAUUAAUAUAAACAAGUGUCUUGUUGAUGACGAGAUAAAUCAAGACAUCAGAGGAACAAAUGAAAAUAUUAUGAAGAUUGAAGCGUUGUAUAAUCAGUUGGAUCAUCAUCUUCAACAAGCUCAAGGAAACUCAAGAAACUUGGAUGAUCAUAUCAACUAUCUUUCUACACAGUUGACCAAUUUAACUAACCUAAACAGAGAUUUAUCUCAAUUAGAUGAAAAGAAUAGUCAUGAUAAAAGCAAUGUAUCGAUAAAUCCUUUGACGACAAUUUCACUUGAUGACUUGAUUAUCCCAGAUCUGCCAUUGACAAAACAACUAUAUGAAAUAACACUGGAAAUUAAAGCUAUCAAAGAUACAAUAAAUUUGAUUACCGGGAGCUUUCACAACCAACAGGAAACUAUAAAUGACGAUAGAUUUGAUACAUGUGUGAAAAUGGUUAGAAACAUGGGUAGAGAUUUAUUCUGGUUGGAAUUGACAAAGGAAGAAAUUUCAAAAAAGAUAAUGAAUUUAUCCUGA